UGUUCUUGAAAAUUGCAACAGGUGGUGAUUAUUGUCAACUGCAUUUUCUCCCUCUCUUCGUUUUCGCUCUAACUGUUUCUCUCGAAUUUUGAGAGAUUCAGAUUUAGAUCAAUAAUUAGAUCUGAGCCAAAUUCGCGUUACUCACGUUUCUCAAACAACAAAGAAAAGAAAAAAAAUCCAAAAAAAGUAACAAAAAUGGCGACCGUGUCCGCUCUCGCCAAAUACAAACUCGUCUUCUUAGGUGAUCAAUCGGUUGGGAAAACCAGCAUCAUCACUCGCUUCAUGUAUGAUAAAUUCGACAAUACCUAUCAGGCCACUAUUGGGAUUGACUUUUUGUCAAAAACAAUGUACCUUGAAGACCGCACUGUUCGUUUGCAGCUUUGGGAUACCGCAGGACAAGAAAGAUUUAGAAGUCUCAUUCCAAGCUAUAUAAGAGAUUCUUCGGUUGCAGUUAUUGUAUAUGAUGUUGCCAACCGGCAAUCAUUUCUUAACACUAGCAAGUGGGUUGAGGAGGUACGUACAGAACGAGGCAGUGAUGUUGUUAUCGUUUUGGUUGGAAACAAAACUGAUCUUGUUGAAAAAAGGCAAGUCUCUAUAGAGGAAGGAGAUGCCAAGUCACGCGAGAGCGGUAUCAUGUUUAUCGAAACCAGUGCAAAAGCAGGAUUUAACAUCAAGCCUUUAUUUCGUAAGAUUGCUUCCGCUCUGCCCGGGAUGGAAACUCUUUCUUCAACAAAGCAAGAAGAUAUGGUUGAUGUAAAUUUAAAAUCCACCGUGAAUUCAUCCCACACAGAGCAGCAGGGAGGAGGUUGCGCGUGCUAAACAAGUGCGCCAUUCAUAAGGCCAAUAUUAGUCUCUGUUCAUUUGGCCCAAUUAUUGGUUUGGCUACUAAAAUGGAAAGAUGCAUCUAGGCAAAACGUGUUUUUGUAUUAAGUUUAGUUUGGUAGGGGCUAGCAUUUCAGCAGUAACGGUUUCCAUGUAAGAUAAAAAAAGAAUUUGGUAAUUACUUGCUGUAUUUUAUUUUCUUAUACAGUUAGUCCUUUUAUGUAAGAAUGCAGAUAAUAAAAGGAUUUAAACAUUAUUUACCAGUUGA